AUGAUGGUUGAGUCUGCCUCGGAGACGAUAAGGUCCACUCCCUCCAGCCAAAAUGGGGUCAGCAGCCUCAGCAACCAGCCGGAGGGCAGCGGGGGCGGUGCGGGGGCAGGGGGCGGCGGGCGCGAGGGAGCCACCAGCAGCGAGGCCAACGGCGAGAUGAGCCCCGUGGAGCUCCUGCACUUCCAGCAGCAGCAGGCUCUCCAGGUGGCUCGCCAGUUCCUGCUGCAGCAGGCCACGGGGCUGAGCUCCCCCAGCAGCAAUGAGGGCAAGCAGCCGGCGGUGCAGGUGCCUGUGUCCGUGGCCAUGAUGUCCCCACAGAUGAUCACACCGCAGCAAAUGCAGCAGAUCCUCUCCCCCCCCCAGCUGCAGGCCCUCCUGCAGCAGCAGCAGGCAAUAAUGCUGCAACAGUUGCAGGAAUACUACAAGAAGCAACAGGAGCAGCUUCACCUGCAGCUAUUGACGCAGCAGCAAGCCGGAAAGCAGCAACCCAAAGAGCCGUUAGGGAACAAGCAGCUGGCCUUCCAGCAGCAGCUCCUGCAGAUGCAGCAGCUCCAGCAGCAGCACCUGUUAAACCUGCAGCGCCAAGGGCUGGUGAGCCUCCCGCCUGGGCAGGGCACCGUGCCCCUGCAGACCCUGCCCCAAGCUGUGUGCCCCUCGGACCUCCAGCAGCUCUGGAAGGAGGUCACAGCUGCCCAGCCCGUUGAGGACAGCAUUAAGCAAGAAGGUCUCGACCUCACCACCAACACCUCCAACUCUACCUCGUUUUCGGCCGCCAAGGUCUCGCCUCCCAUUUCCCAUCACCCUCUGCCCAAUGGACAGAGCACCAUGCACACGCCGAGAAGGGACAGCUCUUCCCAUGAAGAGACUCCUGGCUCCCACCCACUCUAUGGCCACGGAGAAUGCAAGUGGCCUGGCUGCGAAACCCUCUGUGAGGACUUGGGACAGUUUGUCAAACACCUCAACACAGAACAUGCACUUGACGACCGAAGCACGGCCCAGUGUCGAGUCCAGAUGCAAGUGGUACAGCAGCUGGAAAUACAGCUAGCCAAGGAGAGUGAGCGUCUGCAGGCCAUGAUGGCUCAUCUUCACAUGAGACCCUCAGAGCCAAAGCCUUUCAGCCAACCUCUGAACCUGGUCUCCAGUGCCACCCUCUCCAAGAGCACUUCCGACACGUUCCCUGAUGGUUUACCUCAUCCCCCCACCUCUGCCACGGCGCCCAUCACGCCCCUGCGGCAGGGCCCCUCCGUCAUCAGCUCUUCCACUUUACACAACGUGGGCCCCAUCCGCAGGAGGAACUCGGAGAAGUUCUGCACCCCAAUCUCGUCAGAGCUGGCACAGAACCAUGAGUUCUACAAGAACGCCGACGUGCGGCCACCCUUCACGUACGCCUCGCUCAUCCGGCAGGCCAUCCUGGAGACCCCUGACAGGCAGCUAACGUUGAACGAGAUCUAUAACUGGUUCACGCGGAUGUUUGCCUACUUCCGGAGGAACACAGCCACCUGGAAGAACGCCGUCCGCCACAACCUGAGCCUGCACAAGUGCUUCGUGCGUGUGGAGAAUGUCAAGGGAGCCGUCUGGACCGUGGACGAGCACGAGUACCAAAAGAGAAGGCCACCAAAGAUGACAGGGAGUCCAACUUUAGUCAAAAACAUGAUUUCAGGACUCAGUUACGGAGCACUUAAUGCAAGUUACCAGGCUGCGCUGGCAGAGAGCAGUUUCCCCCUGCUCAACAGCCCUACCAUGAUCAACACCAGCGCUGCCAGCGGCAUGCUGCACGUGGGCCACGACGACGUCAGCAGCACCGUGGAGCAGGUCAACAGCAACGGCAGCAGCAGCCCACGCCUGUCCCCGCAGCAGUACAGCCACCCAGUGCACGUGAAGGAGGAGCCAGCCGAAGCAGAGGACGACAGCAGACCUGUCUCCCUGAUGGCCACCACCAACCAGAAUGUGACGAUCCCUGACGACAGGGACCUGGAGGAGGAGCUGCCGGUGGAAGACUUGUCCUAA